AUGAGAUGCGCGCGACAUUUGCCUCGUUUCUUCAGGUACACUAUGGUGGAUGUUUUGGCCCCAAAUAAACAAACCAAAUUUGAUCCAAAACGAUUACGAUCGCUUCUAGACACUCUCAGCUAUGAGCUCGAUAUAGAACACCUCGAUUUGGAUGAUGUAGUCGACUCGGUGGCUGCUGGAUUACCGGCAACAAUAACCGUUGAUGACUUAUUACUUCUUACGGCCGAGUCUUUGGCAUCUAGAACCACCAGUUAUCCUGACUAUGGGGUGCUUGCUGGACGAGUGGAGAUGACCAAAAUCCAGAAACUGGCAGAAAAUCUGUUUUCUGCAAAUAUUGCAAAAAUUGCAAAAAUCGCCCCAAAUACGUUAUCGAGCCAAUUGGUUUCGGUGGCGGAAAAGAACGCUGAAAAGAUAGAUGGAGCCAUAGAUCACAGGAGAGAUUACGAAUUGAGCUAUUUUGCCGUGAAAACCUUGCAAAAAUCUUAUUUGCUUGUUGGUUCUGAGACUCCUCAGUAUAUGUUCAUGAGAGUAUCUCUUGGAAUUCACGGGCAAGAUGUCAAUUCAGCCAUAGAAACCUACACAUACAUGUCGCAAAAAUACUUCAUACACGCGUCGCCAACUUUGUUCAACAGUGGAACCAAUUAUAACCAUCUUUCAUCAUGUUUCUUGUUGGCGAUGAAAGAAGAUUCUAUUGACGGGAUCUACAAAACCCUCCAUGAAACCGCACUUAUAUCCAAAGCCUCGGGAGGAAUUGGCCUCCAUGUACAUAAUAUUCGAGCCAGCGGCUCAAGAAUUGCCAGCUCAAGCGGAACUUCUAGUGGCUUGGUUCCGAUGCUUCGAGUAUUCAACAAUACUGCUCGCUAUGUUGACCAAGGUGGAAAUAAACGACCAGGAGCGUUUGCUAUCUACUUGGAACCAUGGCACGCUGAUAUCUUUGAGGUGUUGGACUUGAAAAAGAACCACGGAAAGGAAGAAAUGAGAGCCCGAGACCUCUUUUAUGCGUUGUGGAUUCCAGAUCUUUUCAUGGAACGAGUACGAAACGAUGAGCAAUGGUCUUGUUUCUCGCCGGAUCAGGCACCGGGCUUGGAAAAUUGUUAUGGAGAAGAAUUUAAACGGUUGUAUGAAUCGUACGAAGCUAAAGGGUUGGCUAUGAAAGUAGUAAGGGCCCAAAAAUUGUGGGACGCCAUUCUCGACUCCCAGAUUGAAACUGGUGGACCCUACAUGCUCUACAAAGAUGCGUGCAACGAGAAAUCGAACCAGAAGAAUUUGGGAACCAUCAAGUCUUCAAACUUGUGCUGCGAAGUCGUCCAGUAUUCUUCGCCAGACGAAGUAGCAGUGUGCAAUUUGGGGUCGGUAGCACUUCCUAUGUUUGUUAAGAAUGACAAUUUCGACUCACAGUUGUUGCACAAAGUGACCAAGGUGCUCGUGAACAACUUGAACAAAGUCAUUGAUGUUACGGCGUAUCCUCUCGAAUCGGCCAGAAUCUCCAAUAAGAAACACAGACCCAUAGCAGUUGGCGUACAAGGUCUCGCCGACCUUUUCUUGAAGCUAGAAUUGCCGUUUGAUUCUCCACGAGCUAGAGAGUUAAAUAUCCAGGUGUUCGAGACCAUUUACCAUGCUGCAGUGGAGGCUUCAGUUGAGCUAGCUAUAAAAGAUGGUCCCUAUGAAACAUUUGCUGGAUCCCCGGCCUCAAAAGGGCUACUACAGUUUGAUCUUUGGAACCACAAGCCUUCGGAUCUCUACACAGACUGGGACGAAUUGAAGCAAAAAGUAGUUAAAAGCGGGAUGCGAAAUUCGCUCUUGGUGGCUCCGAUGCCCACUGCCUCGACGUCUCAAAUACUAGGUUUCAACGAAUGCUUUGAGCCAUACACCUCCAACAUCUACACGAGAAGAGUUUUGGCUGGAGAGUUUCAGGUGGUCAACAAGUAUUUGGUGAAGAAACUCACCGAGUUAAAUUUGUGGAACAAGCAAAUGAAAGACAGGAUUCUUGUUGCAGGCGGAUCGGUGAUGAACAUCGACGAGAUACCCCAACAUGUAAGAGAUGUGUUCAAAACGGUGUGGGAUAUACUGCAGCGCACCAUAAUAGACAUGGCCGUGGACCGAGCCAAAUUCAUUGACCAGCUGCAGAGUUUAAACAUCCAUAUGCGAAAUCCUACCAAAUCCAAGUUGACCAGCUGCCACUUUUAUGCGUGGAAACAAGGCUUGAAAACUGGCUUGUAUUACUUGCGAACGCAAUCUGCUUCCAGAGCUAUUCAGUUUACUGUUUCGGGAUUGAGCAGUGCUGCAACACCUCUAAAACGUAAAAUUGACGAAGUAUACGAACUGAGCUUUCCCGGCACAGGUGAGUUGACCCCAGAGUCUCAAGGGUAUUCGCCUGGAGAGGAAAAGAGAGAUUCAUGUAAUUACACCCCAGACGAAAUCGCCUGUAGCUCGUGCUCAGGCUAA